AUUUAAAUAAUGAAAAAUUAAUAUUUUUGUUCUAACUUUUAUUCAUACAAUGGCAACUUUGUUUUUAUUCCCCGAUGUAGAAAAUUUCAAAUCAUUCGUAAACUUUGUGUUUGACGAGUGCCCAUCUUUCUUUUUCUGUGUGAUUUCUGUGACCCUGCUUUUCUUUUUCGGACUAUUGUGUGAUAACUUUUACGACGACCUUUGCCUACUAUACUACGCCAUGUCUAACAGAACCGAAAAUUUGAAGCGGAAGAGAGAUCCAACCUUUGUCGCAAGUGAAAAAAUGGCGUUAGUGGAUCUGGUGGAGAAACACUUUGCUAUUGUAGAGUGUAAAAAAACCGAUGCCACAACAAUACGCAGCAAAAAUCAGGAGUGGCAAAAAAUUGCAGAAGAAUUUAAUUCUGUUUCGUCAGUCCAUCCAAGAGAAUGGAUUGUUUUGAAAAACUGCUGGGAAAACUUAAAGAAGAGAGCCAAAAGUGAGCAGACAGCACGUAACCAACAUUAUUUGGGAACAGGAGGAGGUCCACCCAGGAAAUUGACUGUAGAUCCAGCAAUCGAUCGAGUUCUAGAUCUUAUCCAGACUAGAGUGUCUGGAUUUGUUAAUGUGUAUGACUCCGAUGGCACUCAUAUUUUAGCAUCCGGUAACAAUCCAAGCACAUCAGUGGCCGACCAGGCACCUCAAAAUGAUAUAUUAUUAUAUUCAAAUGAUGCCAGUGCUACUCCUGUACUUGAUGUACAGGACUCCACGGAGGCCGCUGUAGUUACUGAGACAGCUGCUGCUACAUUUGAAGUUGACUGGUCUCAGUACACUCCAGCAAUGUUGAGAGCACCAGUUACCACAGCACUUGUUGCCUCAAGGAGUCCAUCACCUGAGGCAACUGGCAGUAGAGUGGAACCUCCACCACACAAAAGAACAACUAUCACUCCACCUAGAGUUAUAUCCACUGAACGUCCUAUAGCGACGGCAAGUCGCAGAAGGCCAAUUUUAAGGCGUGAAAGCCUUAACGCGCAACGCAUCAACACAUUACUAAAUUGUAAUAAAAAUGCUGAUGAAGAACAUGCCGCAAAUAUGGCAAUUUUGCGGCUUCAAGAGCAGAGGGAGGAAGAAAUGCUGGUUCAAGAAAAAUUAAAAACGGAACAAGAAAAAAUAAAACUAGAAAUUUUGAAAAUACAAUUAAAAAAAUUACAAGAUUAUUUAUAAGUAGUUUUUAU